AUGGCUGAUAUUCUUCGACGAGUUGCUCUUUUAGCUAUUAAUCGUACAUCAUAUGGAAAUAUUCAUAUGCAAAUUCGUACAGUAUUUUCAAGUGCAGGUAUUGGUAUUGAUAAUUUUAAAUUCUCUCGGGAUCAACAUACUGCACGUUAUGCACCAUCACUUGAUGCUUUUAAAAAGCGUUUUGUUGAUUCUAUUACACAAACAAAUUCUCAAAUCUUUACAGAAGAUUUACGUAAUAUGAUUAUGUCAGCUAAUAAUGAUCAAGAAAUUGAUACUGUUAUUCAAGCAUUAAAAAAAUAUAGUACAAAUAAAGUUAAGUUUAGUGAUUAUCAUUUUGGUUCACCAAUUAUGCGUUUACUUUAUAUACAAAAUAAAACUGAUUUAGCUUUACAAUUAUAUAUGGAUGAAAGUUUAAAAGAUAUAUUCAAUGAUUCUGCAUCAGCACUUGUUCUUAUGAAUAAAUUAAUUGAAGAAAAACGUUAUGAUGAUGUAGUUAAAGUAUUUGAAUAUGGUAGUAAACGUGGUUUUUCAACAACUAGUGGACGAACAUUUCCAUCGGACGUUGUUAUGUUAGCUGUUGAAGGAUUAUAUCGACAAAAUACAAAAGAAUCAUUAACAAAAGCAAAAGAAAUCAUGUCUAUAGUAAGAGAACGUGAUGCUGAUAUAAAUCCACGUACAGCUGCUAUGAUUGCAUUAUUAUCUAUUCAACAAGGCGAACCAUCGUUUGCCAUGGAAAUUCUAGGUGCUGUUCGAACACAAACUUAUACUACUAUAAAAAAUCUUCGAGCAAUUUGUUAUGCAGAUAUGGGACGAGUUGAAGAAGCUAUAAAUGUUGUUCAAUUACUUGCUGAACAAUCGCCAGCCGAUAGUGAUCGUCGACGAGUUUUUCCACUUGUGAUGAGACAUAUUCGAAUGGCUGCUGAAAAAAGUAAUGAUCAAAAUCUUUUAACACGUUUUGAAGAAUUAUCAAAAAUGGUUUUAAAAAAUAAUCGUUUAUCAACAACUGAUUUACCAGAAUUUCUUGGUGAACCAAUCAAUCGUCGUGGUUCUGCUAGACAGAAUAUACAACGAACUAAUCGUGAUAAUUUUCAACGAACUAAUCGUGAUAAUUUUCAACGAAAUAGUGGAGAAUUUCGUAAUCGUGGAGGAUUUAAUCAAGAAUCAGUUAAUUUCAGACAAGGAAAUACAGGUGGAUUUAAUCGACAAUUUGGAGGAUUUAAUAGAGAUAAUCGAUUUGGAAAUACUAAUUUUCAAAGACAAGAUUAUAAUUUUGAACGACGUUCACCAAGUUCCUUUACAGAUGGUUUUCAACGUAAUAAUGAGAAUGAUCGAUUUCCAUCUCGUAAUCGAAAUUCAUCAUUUAAUGAAUAUCCUCGUCAAGAAGGUCGUAAUCAACAACAAUACCAAUCAUUUUCACGUGUAAAUCGUAAUGAUAGUGGAUUAUCAUCAACACGACGUUUUGGAAAUCAACCAACUACAACUGAAACAAAACAAAAUACUGAAGAUAAUCUUAAUUUAAAACAAACAAAACCAAAACGUCAAUCAAAUGAAGAUACUCAAACACAAGAACAAAAUUCAUGGGAACGAUCAACGCGUCAUUGA